CGGCCAAGUCGGCCCAUUGCGAGGCUGUUUCAAUCUCUAUCGACACGAACUCUUCGGCACACCACGACUCACUUCCUUUGACUUUUACACACCAUCGCUAACUUCGACACAAUUGCUGUCUACAUUAACGCCCGUUUCGCCUCGUCUUUAUCUCCAUGUCGGGCUCGUUCCGGCUGGAAGCGCCGCGCGCUCGGCCACCACCACUGAACAUGGACAGAUCGUCAUUCAACUCUUCGUCGUCCAUUCUCGGUACCAGCCACCAUCCUGAACCCCUCCUGUACAAUCUACCUCAGGCCCACACCACAUCACCUCCAACCAGCCCCCGAUCCCGACCGACGAGCCCGCGAUCCCCCAAAGCCCGUCUAACUUCUCCAACAUCCCCUACAUUCGGUCGCUCGAGGACACCAAUCAAUGGGCGCUCGGCGGCCUCUCCGAAUGUGCGAAACAGGUCCGCUACGCCUAUAGGUGUCGCUCGAGGAGAGCUGGAUCAGUUUGCAGAAUACUGCCGUGCUUGGUACUUCACGCAGGACGAGGCCUGCGGUCGGCUGAUGACGCAAACCCUUGCGAACCUCCCUUCGUCACAGCGUGCACCUUAUUCUCGCUUACAAGCCUCGAUCCGCUCUGCAUACCAUCGUUCCGUGAACGCACGGAAAACAGCUGAAUUUCGUGCCCAUUUGGCGGCAACGCAGCCGGGGGGAUCCCUCAUGCCCCAUGCGCGUGCUGACCCUCACGGCAACGUGGCUCGGAAGGAACGGUUCGAGCGCUUUGAGCGAUUCAUCCGGACAUGGUGCACUAUGGGGAUGCCGGGACCUGAGCCUUUCUUCCGCUCCUUGUGGGCGAUUCUGAGGCUUCAGGUGGUACCCGAGUCUAUUGGUGGUGCCGGAAGGAACAGGAUUCAAUGGGAAUUUGAUGAUGCGGUUUUGCGGGAAACGGGCGGCAAGGAUUUCAUGCUCGAAUCCAUCGAUGUUUUGAAAGGAGUCCUUGGAUUCACAGAAUUACCAUCGUCGAAACGUGUCUCCAAUAACUUCUCUUCGUCUGUUUCUAGUACAGUGCACUCCCGAUCAAAGUCGCAGCCCCUCCUUUCCCAAACGGCGCCAGCUCCCAACCAACCGAUACCCAAGCGCCCGCGGGCGCCCAGUGAUCCAUUCCUCGAUACCCCAGCCAUGUCGCACUCACUCUCGUCCUCGCCGUCGUCAGGCACGUCGGCGCUGUUGGUUACCCCGACUUCGACCGAUGGGGAGGAUACUCCUUUUGUGAGUGACAGUGGCGUUGAUGAUCCACUGCUUUCUGCCAUCGAUGACACGGACGAAGACGAGUUUCUGCGGAUAUGGACGUCACCCGACUUGACCAAUCCGGAACUGGUCGAUCUCGUCAAGUUGUUCCCGUCUUUCUUGACACGACGAGCGCUUCCCCGGUUCCCCGCAGUAGAGGCCCCGAAGGAUCUGGAGGAGGGUCGCGAAGGCCAGAUUCUUCAGUUUGGAACAGGCAACAUGUGGGUCAGUUCUUUAGCGCGUGCGGACGGCUGGGAAGGUGGCUGGUGGACACGCUUUGUCCAGUGGUGGAAGCAAGUGUUCUGUUGAGACUCGGACCAGCCCAGAUGCGUGCUGGUUACUGGCUGCGGACAAUGUAUGCGGACUAUCCAUCACAUGACGUUAAUCUAUCUGAUACUCAGCCAUUCAUUGAUCAUCUCGAACCAUCAUUCCAAUGUACCACGUACCAUGCCAGUUUGGACCAAGUUUAGCACUCUGCCGAGUACCGGGUCAUGAAUCCA